UUGUCACGUGACGGAACCCCGGAAGUACCAUAGACAUGGAAGUACCGACGACGACAUGAAAGGUGUCUGGUUUGCCAAAGUGUAAACUAUUGCAAUUAUAAACACGUCCUGUACCGGAAAGUACAUCAAGAAUUUGCUCAGUACAAUGCAGACUACGACAGAUUUAAGAGGAAAUGAUGGGUCACUACUAACGGUUUUGAAGACCCUGUUAAUCUUCACAAUCAUGAUGAUUACUUUACCAAUAGGAUUAUACUUUGCCACCAAAUCCUAUGUUUUCCAAGGUUCUUUGGGCUACUCUAGUAAUGACAGUUGCUUCUAUGCUGCCAUCGUCGCUGUUGUGGCGGUGCACAUGAUCCUUGCGCUCUUUGUCUACGCCGCUUGGAAUGAGGGAGCGCAGCAGACUAGGGUGGGGAAGCAAGACUGAGGAGGAAGAAGACACUCAUGAAGGACACCCCCUCUCCUGACGCACACACACACACACACACACACACACACACACACACACACACACAUUUGGUCUGUAAUUUACACACAGUGUUUUGGGAUAGGACUCAGCUGGCCUGUCUCUGCUAGUGAGGACGUUUUAGAGGUGGGCUGUGUCAUUCCACUGGUGACCUGAAGGAGGGUAAAUCACAGAAGUACUGAGGCAGGUGAUCUUGUGGAUUGAGGGCAGUAAAAUGGGACAAAAGCAGUAAGUUGACAGCAGUAAGUUAACAGCCAAGGCUACACUUUUAGAAGAAAAUGUUCUAGCAGUAUGUCCUCAUAGCACCCUUAAAGGUUUCUAAAGGCAAAGAGCUUUUAAUCAGAGCUUUCUUUUAAAAAAAACUAUUUGGAAUGCUACGUGGAUAUUAAGGGUUCCUGAAAAUAAUCUUUUUGGAAAGGUGGUGUCUUAAGCACAUUUUCUCUCGUAGGCCUAUAGCUCUUUGGUUCUUUAACUAAAGCAAUCCACCACCAAAAUGAUCAAAGCUAUACAGUUAAAGUCAGUUAAAAAGGCCCAAACGCUUCAAGCUGGCAAAAUACAGUCUUCAUAUACUAACUCUGAAUUAAAGAAAGAACACUGUAAGAAUGAGAUGCAUUGUGAUAUUUCUGUUGUUGUGGUGUAAUAUGGUAUGUAAUCUUGUACAUACUGAAGUGUCUAUUUGGAAUUGCACUACUUCUUUUGAUAUGAAGAUUUUGAUCAUAGACUCAACUAUCUGGAAUGAUCCUUAGAAAUAAAUAAUUUGUUUAUUUUGACUUUGUAGUUUGUGGUUAAUUCAAGUUGUACUUCACAUAAAGAAGUUAUAAGAACCUUGUGUCAGCCAUGAUUCCUGCUGCAUGAUGAGGAAGGUGUCCUAAAACAGCAGAUAGAAACACACAUAGACUCACAUCUCCUGUAGCCAAAUGUUCAUGAAUGUAAUGAAAUGAGUUGGAUGGAAACCCAGCUGUUGACGAUUCAUGUGAGACUGCUUUGUAAUUUGACCCAAAUAAAAGAAGUGAUUUCA